AUGCAGAAAUCAGAUGAAGCAUCAAAGCGAACAGCAAGGUCAAGGACGCCGACUGCGUGUUUACAGUGUCAGAAAAGAAAGCAAAAAUGCAGUAGGGAACAACCGUGUAGGCAUUGUUCGAGGAGAUAUCCACCAGUGGAUUGUAUCUAUACCUUUGAAGGAAAGCAUAGGAUGGUGUCACUUACGUCUCCGGAUAGGCUUUCUGUACCCGACGACAUCCCUGCAUCUGUCUAUACAGAUCAAAAAGCCUCAGCGGGUCGACUUUCUUCCAUUCCUUCCUCUCAAAACUACUCGAGCACAGUAUCGAACGAAGCACAUCAUCAAGCAUCUGAACAGAAUUCACAAGAAGAGAAUAUGAAUUAUAUGCCCACGUUUGAUAUCACAAACUCGGAUCUAUUCAGGUCUAACCCUCCUUACCAGGGAGUCUUGAGCAGUGCAAUACCUGCCUCUGUGUCUGGAUCACACGGCGAGCAAGAAAUGGACCCAAAUGAAUUGGAUUUCCGACCUGUACCACAAGUUCCGACAAAUACGCCAGACCAAAUCCCAUUCUACGAUUAUAUGAAUGGUCCACAUAUAGAGACAGGAAGCUGGAACCAGUCUUUCAAUUUGAAUCCAAAUUCAGGAAUGGUCGAUUUACAGAAUUUUGAUCAAUCAUAUUUCGUUUCAGAUCCAAUGCAAACCUCAAGUUCUCAGUCAACUGACGUUAAUGGAUCUCUUGCUUUUCAUCAAAGUUUUGGGCAUAAUGAGAUGUCUAACUUGGACAAUCCGCCGAAUAUCUCCUUCUCGCCAGGAACACCAGACCGUCAGAGUCUAGAGUAUGGAACAACGGAUGGGUAUUCGGGAUCUUACUACUAG